UCGAUAAAAGAUUUUUCGAGUUUUAGUCAAGUUAUGAAUUUCAAACCGAAAGGAACGUAUGUUGACGCGUACGCGUAUCUCUUACAAAAACACAAAAAGAAAAAGAAUAAAUCUUGUUGCCACACUUUGAUUUUUGUUGUUGAUAAUAAAAUACCAUUAUAACCGAUGAUGAUAAUAAUUGCAAAAAUAAAAUAAAACGAAAUUACGAAGAAGAAAAAUAGAAAUUAAUCGGAAAAAUAUUUCCCAGAGUGUGUGUGUGGCUUUCUUUGUGUAUUUGGUUAAAAGAAAAGUUAUUUGUUUUUAAUUAUCAAUAAAAUAAAGUUGUUUUUUUCUCUCCCGCUCUAUUGUUGACGCUACAUCUUUGUGGUUAUUAUUGUGUAUAAAAUCUUUGGAAAGAAAAUUGUGUGUUUUAUCUUGUGCAAAAAAAAGAAACAAAACUAAGUUUUUUUAGAGUCAUUGUGUUAUUGUUGUUACCAUCACUUGUUUUGGCUAUUUUAAGCAUUCUGUGGAUUCUGUCAAGUCCAAAUUUAAUCAAGGUGAAUACUUUUGAAGAGUUCUGUUCAGAAAAAUUGCAAAUAAAUCUUCAAAUAUUUCAUGUCAGCUUUUGAAAUUUUCCUUUGAACAUUUGCACCAUUUCAUCUUUCAACAAAAAAUAUUCAAGUAUAUAUUGGCACUUUAUUACACAAUACAAAAAGUAAAACAAGCUAGAAACUUGAAAAAGAAAAUUGAAAACAAAAUAAAAUUAUCAAAAGGAUCCUUUAAACCCCUCCGCUCUCAAAUGUUUCCGCACAACCCCAGCAUCACCAUUGAACUUAAGCCAGCAAACAUCCAGCCAGCAAACUCAACAAAAAUAAAGUGGCAGAAUAAACUAAUUUAACUAAAAGCAAAUAAUAAUUACACAAAUAAUAAAAAAACACAAGUUUCGGUUAAAACGGGUAUCUUUAGAAUAAGGAAGUAAAACCAAAAAAAAACAAGUGGAAAAUAAUUAUUAUUUAAUAAUUGAAAAUAAAUAAAAAAUAAAUAAAAUUAUUUGAUUUCCCAAAUGAAAUCACAGAGAUAAACUACAAAAAAUCACUCAUGUAAAUAUUAAAAACAAACCGACAAAAAAUAAGGCAACAACAAACAUAAAAGCACAACGUCAACGUCAUCUACCAGCACAAAAAAAAAACAACACAAAUCAGCUGCAACCAAACGAAACAUGAAAACAUGUAUUUGCAAAUUAGCCCACGAGCGGCGGCAGCAUGGACCAACCUAAUAAACAGCGAAAUUUAAAUGCCAACAGCCCCAACAACAAAUGGCAAUGAAUUUGAGCCUAUGGAAUUGUUUAGUUUAGUAAAAGUGAAAAAUAAUCAAAAUCUAAGUGAAACCAACCCCUCAAAAGAAAACCAAAAAGAAAACAAAAAAGAAAAUGUAAACAAAUUUCCACUUAAGAAUAGCCCAUUAAAUGUCUAAGUGAAAAAAAAAAAUCCACCAAUAAAAUACUUAAACAAGCAAACCAACACACACACCCAAAAAUGUAAUAUAAAUAAUUUUUAAAUGUUUAAAAAUAGUGUUAAUGGUAAAAAGUGUAAUUUUAAAUAACAAAAAUUAAAAUAAACAGAAUCCAAACGCUUUAGCAAACGAUCACGGAUAAGAAGAGGGAAACCCGAAAUCUAAAUGAUCGCCAAGAAAAAAAAGAGUUGAAAAUAUGGAACAACUCUGUUGGAGGGACCAACUAAAUGUAAAAAACACACACAAAACUAAAAUUAUGAAAUUCGGCAAAUAAUUGAUACAACUCAAAACUAUUUGAAAUUAAAAAAAAAAAACAACACCAAAAUCUGAAAAAGAAAACAUCAAAUCGCACUUCACAAAAUCUUCCAAAAAAUCUAAAAUUUCAAAAUGGAUUACAAUACCGAAUUGGAUCAAAGCAUCAAUACCGGUAACAUUAGUACCGAUGAUUUUCUGGCCAUAUUUACAUCAUCCACCACAGCCGCCAGUACGGCCAUAUCCAAUGAGGCGGGUGGUGGUCCCGGUGGCGGUGGCCUCAAGGGCGGAGGGGGAGGUUUUCCAAAUCACAAUAAUGUAACCAUGAAUCCGCCCCUUGUCACCAUCGAUGGCCAGUACACCGUUACAAGUUUAUUUGACUCUGCCUUUGGGCCCACAGCUCCAAACCCCACAGCAGAUCUAAACGACACACUCUUCCUACUCUCCUCCAGUUUCUAUAAUACCUCUCUGAGUGGGGCUGCAGCGGCGGCAGCAGCAUCACCCACCAUCAAUCUUACCUCCUCCACCACCACACAGUUUGGCAACUAUUUCAAUCAGUCGUUUGCCGGCAAUCUCACAAGCAAUAUCACCGAAGUCCACUGGGACGGACGCUAUCCCAGCGGCUAUACUCUGACACACAUUGUGAUAGCUUCGAUUAUUGUCACCAUCCUCAUGAUCAUCAUCAUUGUGGGCAACAUGCUGGUCAUCAUUGCCAUUGCCACCGAGAAGUCAUUGAAGAACAUACAAAAUUGGUUUAUUGCCUCGCUGGCGGUGGCCGAUUUCUUUCUGGGCCUCAUCAUCAUGCCCUUCUCGCUAGCCAACGAACUGAUGGGCUAUUGGAUAUUCGGGUCGUGGUGGUGUGACAUCCACUCGGCCAUGGAUGUGCUGCUGUGUACCUCGUCCAUAAUGAAUUUAUGCCUGAUAUCGCUGGAUCGCUAUUGGAGCAUAACGAAGGCGGUGGAUUAUCUGAAAUCACGUACACCGGCACGUGCAGCUUUAAUGAUUGCAGCCGUUUGGAUAAUGUCGGCUCUGAUAUGCAUACCACCGUUGCUGGGCUGGAAGGUGAAAAUGCCCGAAGGUCCUUUGCCAAAGUGUGCGCUUAGUGAAGAUAUUGGAUAUGUGCUCUACUCAGCAUUGGGUUCCUUCUACAUUCCCAGCUGUAUCAUGGUUUUCGUUUAUAUACGAAUUUAUUUUGCCGCCAAGGCGCGUGCGAGACGCGGCAUUAAAAAACAUCCGCGCAAAACAAACAACGAACAGGUUACCAGCUUUACCACCGCCAACAAAAAAGGUACCAUACCAAUGCCAUCCUCUAGUGCGGGUGCACUGCAAAAACACCAACAACACCAAAUAGCCACCAUUGAAACACCACCGAACAGUGCGGGAGCACUGCCAAUGCAAAUACCCACAGUUACCUGCGAUCUAGCCUCGGAUAUCUCCACAUCGGAGGCAGCCGAUAUGGAACCCCAUCCGCUGAUGUAUCCCAAUGCAGGCGGUGGUAGUGCUGAGACGGCGGCUACCGCUUUGGGCACCUCGGUGCAUAGCAUAGAAACAACAAUAACAACGACAAACAAUUCAACACCCAACUGCAAAGAUUCGGCAGCAUCGUUGCGGGUGAGUACAAUAGCAACAGGGCAUGGGGCGCUUAAUGUCCCUGUGCCGCCAUCGAUGGCGGGCAACAACAAUGGCAGUACGGCAGCCCUGAACAAUAACAAUAAUGGGGCGCUGCCCACAACAGCAUCGGCGGCAACGACGCUGACCGCCACCACAACGCUGCUCAAUACCAAACCAACAACGACAUUGUCCACCACCAGCAACAAUGAACUGAAAGUCUCCCCCAUUGCGGGGCGAUGUCGGGCCCUCAGUGUGGGCAUCGAUACCGAUAUGGUAAGUGAAUUCGAUCCCUCAAGUUCCGAUUCGGGUGUGGUGAGUCGUUGUGCCGUCGUCAAGCCAUUGAAAUUUCGUUUGUGUCAGCCUAUUUUUGGACGUAAAUCCAAUAAUAGACGGCAGAAUGAAGGUAAAGGAGCGUCGGCGGCGGGAGCGGGCGGCAAAGCUGAUGGCGGUACAUCAUCGACAACGACAACGUCCAAGGCGGAAAUUGUAAAAGCUGAACUAGAACCUGCCAUACCCAAGGUACAGAAACCACGCGAUCCCGAAAAGGAGAAACGACGUAUAGCCCGUAAGAAAGAAAAACGGGCCACCCUGAUCCUGGGUCUCAUUAUGGGAUCUUUCAUUGCCUGUUGGCUACCCUUCUUCUUCCUGUACAUACUGGUGCCAGCGUGUAGCAACCAUUGUCACAUACCCGAAUCGGCCUUUGCCAUUGCCUUUUGGCUGGGCUACAUGAACUCGGCCCUGAAUCCGGCCAUCUAUACCAUCUUCAACAAGGACUUCCGGCGAGCAUUUCGCCGCAUACUAUUCAAGUGAUGUUUGGCCUAUGUGUGCUGUUAUCGGUGCGUUCAUGCCAGUAUCGAGAAGGCAACGGAACGUGCUAUGGGCAGCACACCCAUGGGUUAUAAUAUGUAUCAUUAUCGACGUUAGAUUUGGUUAUUUGCUUAAGUUGAUCUUUGAAAAAAAUAAUAAAA